UGUUCUCUCCUGCAGGGCCUUACCUGUCAGCAGUCUCUGGUCAUUCCCUGCACUGUCUGCAGUCUCUGGUCAUUCCCUGCACUGUCUGCAGUCUCUGGUCAUUCCCUGCACUGUGUCCGCAGUCUCUGGUCAUCUCCUGCACUGUGUCUGCAGUCUCUGGUCAUCUCCUGUACUGUGUCCCCAGUCUCUGGUCAUCUCCUGUACUGUGUCCCCAGUCUCUGGUCAUCUCCUGUACAGUGUCCGCAGUCUCUGGUCAUCUCCUGUACUGUGUCCGCAGUCUCUGGUCAUCUCCUGUACUGUGUUCGCAGUCUCUGGUCAUCCCCUGUACUGUGUCUGCAGUCUCUGAUCAUCCCCUGUACUGUGUCUGCAGUCUCUGGUCAUCUCCUGUACUGUGUCCGCAGUCUCUGGUCAUCUCCUGUACUGUGUCCGCAGUCUCUGGUCAUCUCCUGUACUGUGCCCGCAGUCUCUGGUCAUCUCCUGUACUGUGUCCGCAGUCUCUGGUCAUCUCCUGUACUGUGUUCGCAGUCUCUGGUCAUCCCCUGUACUGUGUCUGCAGUCUCUGAUCAUCCCCUGUACUGUGUCUGCAGUCUCUGGUCAUCCCCUGUACUGUGUCUGCAG